CCCUUCGCUAGAACACACACUCAAGAGAGUGAGCAAGGACUGGGAAGAGUGAAGCUAUGGCGUCGUCUUUGAGGAACAUUAGACAUGUAAUAGUUAAAUCACUAACCUACACUUACUCAUCUCCUCCAAAAUCGUUUCUUGGGUUGCGAAACUCUUUCUGCAAUUUCUACGCGUCGAAGGCAUCUAAACUGGAGAGAGUUCAACAGCCUAUUGAAAUAACUGACGAUAUUCCAACCUCCGGAAUCAGCCGCCCGCUCUCAGAAAUUCUUAAGGAACUGAACAAGAAAGUUCCUGAUACCCUUCUCAAGGUUCGCGUUGAGCCCGACGGAUUCUCAGCAAAAUACCUGCCCUGGCAUAUUGCAAACAGGAUUCUGAACUUACAUGCUCCAGAAUGGUCUGGUGAAGUCCGCAGCAUCACUUAUUCAGCUGAUGGGAAAACUGUAUCUGUUGUUUAUCGUGUAACCCUUUAUGGAACUGAUGCAGAGAUGCAUAGGGAAUCAACUGGCACUGCUCAAGUUAAUGUACAGGGAUAUGGAAAUGCUGUCCAGUUUGCAGAAUCAAUGGCAUUUCGAAGAGCUUGUGCUCGUUUCGGAUUAGGGCUUCAUCUUUAUCACGAAGACAUGUCAUAAUAUUAGCAUGAAUGAAAACCUGCAUUGGUUAGUUACAUAUUAUGUAUUGUAUCUCCCUUUCUUUGUAAUGGUAAAGGGCCUUCCUCUUUUGGCUGCUGGAUUUGGUGGAAUUUGAAUCCUUUGACCUUAUUAUAGAAUACUAAACAUUUUGACAG